CUUCAUCUUCCUUCCUCGUAAUCUACUCAUCUAGACAUGGCAGCACUGCAGAAACCCCUCUUCAUAAUCAUUUCCAUUCUCGUGCUCUAUUUACAUCUCGUUAGCCUUACCGCCACUAAAAUUGAAGUUGCAGAAGCUGAUGCUCUUCUCCGAUGGAAAUCAACUCUUGAUAAUCCAAGUCAAUCCGUCUUAUCUUCUUGGAAUUCAACCAAUUCCUGCGAUUCUUGGUUCGGUCUGCAUUGCAAUGCGGCCGGAAGUGUGACCAAUAUCAGCCUGAGAGAUACUGGUUUAAAAGGUACUCUUCAGAGUUUCAGCUUCUCAUCUUUUCCUAAUCUCUUCAGGUUUAAUAUUAGUAAUAACUCAUUUUAUGGAAAACUUCCUGAAGCAAUAGGGAAUUUAACCAAGCUUAAUGUUCUUGAUAUCUCUGUUAAUGAAAUCUCUGGUCCAAUUCCUGAUGAAAUUGGAAUGCUUAGAUCUUUGAUGUACGUUGACUUAUCCAAUACAUUUCUUAACGGUUCAAUCCCAGCUACUAUUGGAAAUCUGACACAAUUGCCAAUUUUGUACAUUCAUUUGUGUCUGAUUUCUGGUUCAAUACCUGAAGAAAUUGGACUAAUGAAAUCUGCCACUGAAAUUGAUUUGUCAACAAAUUCUCUCACUGGUUCUAUCCCAACUUCUAUAGGAAACUUGACAAAUCUGUCUGUUCUUCAUCUGAAUCAGAAUCAACUCUCAGGUUCAAUUCCUCAGGAAAUUGGAAAAUUGUCAACUCUUACUGACAUUGCUUUUUCAUACAAUAAUCUCACUGGUCCACUCCCAUCUUCUUUAGGAAAUUUAACUAAUUUAACUGCUCUUUAUCUUAGUAAUAACUCGUUUACCGGUUCGAUUCAAGUAAUCGGAAAGCUGACAAAGCUAACCAAUCUGUUUCUUGAAUUCAAUGAAUUUUCUGGACCUUUGCCUUUAGAGAUGAAUAAUUUUACCUCUUUGCAAGUUCUUGUAAUAAAUGCAAAUAGAUUUACUGGACCUUUACCAGAAGACAUAUGCAUCAGUGGAAGCCUGAUUGCUUUGGGUGUUAACGAUAAUAAUUUUACCGGUCCCAUUCCGAGAAGCCUGAGAAAAUGUAGCACCUUGACGCGAGCUCGACUCGAGGGAAAUCAACUGUCAGGUAAUAUAUCUAAAAGUUUUGGGGUAAAUUCGGGAUUGAGGUAUUUGGAUUUGAGUGGUAAUAGAUUAUAUGGUGAGCUUUCAUGGAAAUGGAAAAAUUUCGGAAACUUAUCGACUCUGAUACUCUCUGAUAAUAACAUUUCUGGCAAAAUUCCGGCUGGAAUUGGAAAUGCAAAUCAGUUGCAGUCACUUCAUCUUUCGUCCAAUCUGCUUACGGGGGAGAUUCCUAAGGAGUUUGGGAAAUUGAAAUUGUUGGAGCUUUCUCUUGAUGAUAACAAGCUUUCCGGUAGCAUUCCUGACGAAAUUGGAAUGUUAUCUGAAGUCACGAUUCUAAACUUGGCAGGAAAUAAUCUGAGUGGAGAAAUUCCUGAAAAACUUGGGGAUUGCACGAAACUAUUGUAUUUGAAUCUAAGCAAGAAUCGGUUUUCAGAGAGUAUUCCUUUCGAGAUUGGGAACAUAAAUUCUCUUGAAAGUCUUGAUCUCAGUUACAAUUUGUUAUCAGAAAAGAUUCCACAACAGCUCGGAAACUUGCAGAUAUUGGAGACAUUGAACCUCUCACAUAAUUCUCUGUCGGGUUCCAUUCCAGGAAGUUUUGAUUCUUUAACAAGCUUGACGGCGGUGGAUAUAUCCUACAAUGAGUUAGAAGGUCCAAUUCCGCAUACUAGAGCUUUCCAAGAAGCUCCAUUUGAGUCACUUCAAAAUAACAGUAACCUGUGCGGCAAUAACAAAAAUCUGAAGCCUUGUGUCUCCUACAAUCACUAAAACUAUCAACCUUAAUCAAAUCAAACCGACCAACGUAAUAGUUCAAUUUUUUUAUUAAAUUUAUAUAACUAGAAUAAAUCAGUUCUGUAAUUAGUUCGGUUUUUGGUGUGCAAUUUUUAAAUUACCUGAACUAAUUACAAAACUAACAUAUAUGUAGAUAUCUGAUUGAUGUCAAUAAAGAAAAUAUAUACAGUAAUUUUACAUUUUUCAA